CUGGCCGUGGGCGUCCUGUUCAGCUUCAUUGCCGAGGCCGCCAUCCAUGUUGCUCACAUUGUGCUCCAUCGAAAGGACCACUGGUGGUGUGGUCAAGCAGUUGUAGUGAGUACAAGCUUUUUCUUCUUCUUCUUUGUAGUUGAUGUUGUUGAUGCUGUUGACGAAAUGACGUCUGUUCAAAAGCUGCAUGCUUAGUCGUGCAUCUCCCAUGCUGUGGCCGCUAGGGGGGGGGAGGAAAGAGGAAACACUUCUGCUUCUAAACUAACUGCUUGCAGAUUCAUGUGGUCGGCACUUUCUUUGUCCACACUCUGGUGCUGAUAUCUCUGAUUGAUACUACUCCCUCACCAACAGUGGCCCAGCUCAUCACCUGGAUAGUCUCUAUGCUGCUGGAGCUGGUCAUCCUGGCCCUGUUCCUUGAUAUCAACACAUCGCCGCACCACGAGCCCGUCGUUGGCGACCCGCUCGGGGGCCCGCUCAGAAAGGGGCUGACUACCUGGGAAGCCGGUCUCGUUGUCACAGCGAGUGCCCGGAUCUUGUUGCUCGUCUCUCUGGUUGUUAUCUACAGCCUGACUUCCUAUGCCUUGAAAGCCGGAGCUCAGAACAGCGGGACUGCCACAGAGACUACCUCACUGCUACACUCUGGAAAUGGCACUGCACACGCCAACGGUGACCGUUACGGUGCUUCUCAUCGACACCUCAAACAUGACGACGACGACCAGCCCGAGGAAGACGGAUGGGUGCGGCCAAAGACACUGCCGUCUACCAGCUGGUGGGAGUACAUGAGCGGCUACUCGCUCUUCUUCCCGUACCUUUGGCCGUCCAGGUCAACCAAGCUGAAGUCAAUCGUUGUCUUCUGUUUCUUCCUUGUCAUACUCCAAAGAGGCGUUAACCUCGGAGUUCCCAUGCUCGUUCGUAACAUCGUCAAUAUCCUUGCCCAGGAACAUGGAAACGAGUUCUACGUUCCAUGGGGUACCAUUUGUCUAUACGUCAUCUUCCGCUCACUACAGGGCUCCCAGGGCCUUAUCGGGUCCCUACGCUCCUUCCUGUGGAUUCCUGUUGGCCAGUACUCCUACAUGGAACUCUCAACCGCCGCCUUUGAACAUGUCCACAGUCUCAGCCUCGACUUCCACCUCGGCAAGAAAACUGGCGAGGUCCUGUCUGCCCUGGGUAAAGGUAGCUCGAUUAACGGCUUCCUUGAGCAGGUUACAUUCCAGGUUGUGCCGAUGUUGGUUGACAUGUGCAUUGCCGUGGGCUACUUCUUUGUCGAGUUCGAUGUCUACUACGCAUUGGUGGUAGGCAUCAUUACCUUCUUGUACCUCUAUCUCACCAUCCGCAUGGCCCAGUGGAGAGGUGAAGUCCGACGCAUGAUGACUAAUGCUGAUCGCCAGCAGGACGCCGUCAAAAAUGAUUCAAUGGUUUCCUAUGAAACAGUCAAGUACUUUAAUGCUGAACCGUACGAGUUCAACCGAUACCGUGGUGCCGUUUCGGACUACCAGGCCGCUGAAUACCAUGUCCUGUUUUCUCUUCAGUUGAUGAAUACUUGCCAGAACACCGUUUUCAUGCUGGGUCUUCUCAUCACUUGUUUCAUUUGCGCUUUCCAGAUUGCAAAUGGCCAGAGAGAUGUUGGUCAGUUCGUUGGCUUGCUCACAUACAUGUCCCAACUUCAGGGGCCUCUAAACUUCUUUGGAACCUUCUAUCGCUCGAUCCAAGGAGCCAUGAUCAACUCUGAACGACUUCUAGAGCUGUUCAGGGCAAAACCUACGGUUGUUGAUGCACCUGAUGUUGAUGAACUCCGCUCCUGCAAUGGCGGAAUCGAGUUUGACAAGGUACACUUUGCAUAUGAUAGCCGCAAGCCGGCCCUGAAUGGACUCUCCUUCGAAUGCAAGCCUGGUACCACCACUGCUCUUGUAGGAGAGUCAGGCGGUGGAAAAUCCACUGUUUUCCGUCUUUUGUUUCGGUUCUACAACUCUACUUCUGGUCAGAUCCGCGUGGACGGCCACCCUGUCGAGAGUGUGUCUAUCGACUCGCUCCGCCGACACAUCGGUGUUGUUCCACAAGAUACCGUCUUGUUCAAUGAAACCAUUAUGUACAAUCUCAAGUACGCUAACCCUGGGGCAACCGACGAGGACAUCUACGAUGCAUGUCGUGCAGCCAGUAUCCAUGACCGCAUCCUCACCUUCCCGGAUGGUUAUCAAACCAAAGUUGGAGAACGUGGUCUCAGACUGAGUGGCGGAGAAAAACAGCGAGUCGCAAUCGCUAGAACGAUUAUAAAGAACCCGCGUAUCAUUCUUCUGGAUGAGGCUACCGCUGCCCUCGAUACCGACACCGAAGAACAUAUACAAGGCGCCCUGGCUACCCUGUCCAAGGGCAGAACCAUGCUUGUCAUUGCCCACCGUCUCAGCACGAUCACUACAGCGGAUCAGAUCCUUGUCCUCCAAAACGGACAGGUUGCCGAGAAAGGUACUCAUGAACAGUUGUUGGCUAUGAAGGGCCGUUAUUCGAGCAUGUGGCGUAAACAGAUCAAGGCUCAGCGAGCUGCCGCCGAGGCACAGGUCCUGCAGGACCGCGCGGAACGACUGAGAAGCAGUUCCGUGGUGGCUGGUGGUGGUGAGGAUAGCUCCAGCCAGUCAGACGAAGAUAGGCAUGCGGAGACUACCGCUCGUCCACGCCCAACCCUGUCACAGCGCUCUACCAAAGCUUCCGAGGCUAAACCUGCCGGACCUUGAGAACGGCGACACCAAACCUGAAACUCCUAUUCUCGCUUGUAUUUCCUAUUACCUUUAUAUCUUACUCGACAGUUGUGACGACGUAUACGGCCUCGCACUAACCUAAGCAUCCAUUACGGCUACAGGCAAAGGGGACUGGAGGCAUUGAGAAUUGAUAUCAUUUCCUGGCGUUAGCAGUUUAUAAGACAUGGGUUUCCAAUGGCGCAAAGCGGUUUAUUUGCAAGCAUCCUUAUUUUACUCCUCAUACGUUCCGUUUCUCUUCCCUUUUAUUUCCUAGUUCUCGAUUUCCUGCCACGCACGCUCUUAUACAUCCCUUCUCCACUAUGUCUUUUAUAACUAUUUGCCAUUCAAUUCCCCCAUUCCCUAUCAACAACAGCGCCUUCUAUGUUCCUACUUCUCCUUCGGGCGGCCUAAUUGCGUUAUUAAUGGUAAUGUCUCUUUUAUUAUUCUAUCUAUCAUUUCCUUUCGUCUUUUUCCCUUCUCUUCACUCUUUCUCUUCUCUCUUCGAGGACUGACUGGAUGUUUCUUCGUCCCCCUUUUUCCGGGCUGGUAAAACCAAAAAUAAAAGGCGAGGCAGGAUAGGAAAAUUUAGAAAUAACGGCGAGCGUCUUCUCAGUGGUCGCCGAGGGGCUGGUUACGGGCUAUUUUAUAUAGAAUGGUUAAAAAAAGCAUUGUUAUUGAGAUAACCAAUUUACAAAAUGCGUUGUGGAACUGAUAGAAAAUACAAAGUUCGU